AUGCAGCAAUCUUCAUUCUCUUCUCUUGGUAGCACUACAGAGCUAGAAAGGAUGUACGUGCAUCAACAGUCUGUAAAUGGCUCAAGCUCCAAAGUCCAAAGCUUGGAGGAGAUGUUUAUGUCCUACACGAACGAUGAAUGGGAGUGUAUCGGCGCUAGCUCUGCACUCUCUGGCACCUGUUCAAUGGUAGAGUUGAACAAGCUCAUCGACAUUCCUGAUAGCCCAACACCUAUGGCUUCAGAUUAUGAGGACUGCCCCUCUCUGGUCAACACUCCCAAGACCAACGGGGUGGAUCUUACUUCUUCUCCCUCUCCUCCGGCUAUCCAAACGCCGAGGUGGUCACCGGAGCCUGAGGCAGUGCAACAAAUCCAGGUUGCCGACUCGCCGAGCAGUCUGGAGCAAUUUGGGAACUCAUUCACUCCCCCAACUUUUUCCGCUUCAAAUUCUUUCAACUCAACUUCUUUCGACUCACAGGGACUUCCUGUGUCGAUUCCUAUGGCGUUUCAGUCUCCUACAAGUAUGUAUGCUACGCAGCAAAUGAACGCAUUUGCUCAUGUGCAAUACACAGUUACACCUACAUUUUGGCUACCGCCUGACCAGAAUAUGGCUGGCACGUCUAUCGCUGGACCUUUUGGUAACCAGGCAGGCCCGUCAUCUAUGGCUCCUGUAUCCUUUCCUGUUCAGUGCGUGGAUGCGUAUGGCAGGUCUUUAAUGAUGGCCCCGCAAAAUUACUUCCUGGCGCCCCAAGUUUACCACCCUAUGGGGAUCCAGCCUUACUCCAUAGGGCUCCCACCUUGCCCAACGGCAUCCGCCUCGACAAAUCACCUGAGAGGCAAUCAAGCUCAGCCUUUUGGCCCCAACGGCCAAUUUUAUCCACCUGCACCGGUGACUCCAUGGCCUGGCCAGCAGGUGGUAAAUGCAGCUUCUUUCGGCAGCAACUCCCCCUCGGUCCCUGGGUCGGAUCCAUGGCCCACUCAGCAGGCAGGGGCGGUAGUUGCUGCUCCUCUUGCAAAAAGGUCUGCACCACCAAAGCAGACUUUUACCUUUGCAGUGCCCACCGUGCCAAAGGGGUUCGUCGCCAACCCCAAAAAUCAUGGCCGAUGGGCUUUUGACAAACAUGGGAACAAGGUAUACUUGAAUGGGCCCCAGAAAAGGCUCAGAAAGAUCAAUAUGUGA